CACACACACACCCACACACACCCACACACACCUAUAUAUAUCACAGCCUGAGAAGCAGACACACUUCACAAGUGAGAGUUCGAGUCUAAAGAUCAAGACACAAUAUUGAGAAGAUAAACAAAAAAAGGGAUUUUUGGAUUCAUAUGAAAACACUGAACCACCAAAGACGAUCUUCAUCAUCAUCAUCAUCAUCAUCUUCAUCAUCAGCAGCUGCACAGGAUGUCUUUAUAUGGCAGCUUCCUGUCGGACGAGCAGUUCCUGUGCUCCAUCUGCCUGGACGUGUUCAGCAGCCCCUCGUCCACGCCGUGCGGCCACAGCUUCUGUAUGGCCUGCAUCAGCAGAUACUGGGAUGGAUGCACGGUUUGCCAGUGUCCUCUGUGUAAGAGAACUUUCCAGAAGAGACCGGACCUGCAGAUCAACCGGACGCUGCGGGAGAUCACCGAGCAGUUCAGACACAUGACGGGAGGAGGAGGAGGAGGAGGAGGAGGAGGAGGAGGAGGAGUGGAGACGGAGAAGAAGAGAGGAGGAAGAAGAGAUGGAAACAUACCUGAUUAUUUAUUUGAUGAACUGAAGAAGAAGUUUCCUCGGGCGCUGCCAAAGUCGCCGGAGACGCUGACGUGUGAGACUCGGUCUCUGGAAAACGACCCCACCCCACAGCUGCUGGCCUCCUCGGCGCCGCCCCCCCCACAGCUCUGCCCCUCCAGCAGCCGGAGACGCUUCACCAUGAGCGGGGCGGCGAGCAGCCAGAGCAUCGCCGUCUGUGGGAUCCACAGCCGCGGCAUCACGGUUUACUGUCGGACCGACCACGUGUGCAUCUGUCCCGACUGCGAGGCCGAGCAGCAUCAGGGUCACGACACAGUGUCUGUGGAGGACGAGUGGAUGGGCACUAAGUCACAGCUCAGUGUGUCGUCGCUGGAGACCCAGGAGAUGAUCAGAGAGAGAAUCAGGAAGAUUGAAGAGAUCAGAGCGUCAGUGAGAGAACUGGAGCUGGCGGUGGAGCGAGAGACGGCCGGCAGCGUCGGCCUCUUCUCCGCCCUGGUGUCGGCCAUCGAGCGCUCGCAGGCGCAGCUGAUGGAGGUGAUGGAGAUGAGCCGGAGGGCGGCCGAGCACCAGGCCGACGCCAUGAUCCGGCAGCUGGAGCUGGAGGUGCAGGAGCUGCGGAGGAGAGAGAGCGCCCUGGCCGCGCUCGCCCAGUCCGACGACCCCAGUCACUGCGUCAAGACAUUCCACGUUCUCUCCACUCCCCCUCCCACCAGGAGCUGGUCCGGGGUGUCGGUGACCUCUGACCUGGGAUCAGGGACCAUCUACAGGUCGCUGGUCGCUCUGCUGGAGAAGUUCCAGGAGGAGCUGAGGAACAUCUCAGAAAAAGGUUUUCCCGCCUCAGCUCUGGAGCCCAUUCCCGUCCGGACGCAGCCACGAAUGAGGCGGGUGCAGGAGUAUGCACUGGACGUGACUCUGGACGGAGACACCGCUCAUCCACGACUGAUCGUGACCGAGGACAUGAAGAGUGUGAGAUGUGGCGACCGACACCAGCUGCUCCCUGACCACCCGGAGAGGUUCGACAGGGUCGUGUGUGUCCUGGGGAACGAGGUCAUCUCCUCUGGGAGACACUACUGGGAGGUGGAGGUGGGGGGGAAGACAGACUGGGAUGUGGGCGUGGCCACAAAAUCCAUGAACAGGAAGGGGAAGAUCGACGUGACCCCGGAGAACGGAUACUGGUUUCUCAGCCUCAGAAACAAGAACAAAUACGCCUUUCGCACUGAACCCUCCACAGACGUGUGCCUGACCCUCCGGCCUCAGAAGAUCGGCGUGUUUGUGGACUUUGAGAAAGGACAGGUGUCGUUCUACAACGUUGAUGCUAAGAUCCACAUCUACACCUUCAGUGACCCGUUCACCGAGUGCAUCGUCCCGUUCUUCAGCCCGUGCACCAACAAAUCCGGGAAGAACGAGGCGCCGCUGGUCCUCACCCCGGUGAACACCACAGAGUGACAGGAAGGACACGGCUGGUCAUCUGUUCUUCUUCUUCCCUGCCUGUGCACUGCAGUAGGAACACGUCAUCUGACUGUGAACUCAGGUUUAACAUCUGGAUGUGUUGUAAAUUAAUCACUGAUUUAAUCCUCCAAAUAUCUGCAUGUUUGUAUUCAAAUGUUAUUUCUGUGGGUUAGAGCCUCAGAGGAAAAGAUUGCUGAUAAAUUGCUUGUUUUCAGAUUUAACAUUAAAAGCCAGUUUUGCUUAGCUCAGCAUAAAGGCUGUAGAAACAGUGAAAUGUCCCCAAUACAUAAACACAAACUAUAGUAUGAACUGUAUAGACAAUGCAUUAGCAAGUUUUAUAACAUUACAUCAAACUAAUAAAGGUUUAUUCUGUGUAAAAUAUGUUAUUUUCUCCUACAAGGUAAAGUUCAUUCUCCUGUGUCAGCCAUAUUCAUUUUUAAUUAUAAAUGUGCAUUACUUUCUAAUUCUUCUCCACUACAUUUCACCUAGAAAUAUACACAAAGUACUAUUUGUUUCACUAUAUUUAAAUGUAUCAAACAAGUUUUUAAAAUAUAAAAUUGUUAAUAAAGUUGUUUUGUUCUUUA